AUGCCGCCAGCCGGUAGAGGAGGACGCGGUGGUGCGCGUGGAGCCUUCAACCCGCGAUCAGGCACAGUAACAAUUGGUGGCACCGAGCUGAACUGGGACUUGUCAGGCCUAGAGAUUCAGAAGGGGCCCGCCGAGCGCUUUCCUGAAGCUCCCCCUCCACAAGCACCCCCCCCAACCGCCGAUGAAGCCAGGAUAGUAAAACACUUUCUGCAAGUACGCGACCACAUACACGAGGGUCCAUUCUAUACCAUCUUGAACGAUGGCAUGAAGAACGGCUUGAAGAGAAAGGCCAGCGAACCUGCACCCACCGAGGCCUCGCUCUUCAAUCCUUUCACCGACAAUCAAACAUAUUCAGCGAAGUACUUGAAAGUCCGGAGAAGACUGCCGAAGCUUGACGAGCGACCAUACGUCACGGAACUAUUCCCCGCCGAAUUGCGAUCAACACUCGACGGCACAAGAGGAGACGGCAAUACUUCAAAGAAGCGCAGGACUCUUGGUGUCACCAAAGUCAAUGCCGUCUCCCAAAUCGAGCGCAUGAUAAAGUUCGAGGAAGGUCGAACAAACGAAGCGGAGGCGCGUGCAGAGGAGGAGGACGACGAGGACGAAGAUGAGGAGGCUGAGCAAGACGAGGAUAAGCCAGAAGCCAUCGACGAGGAUGCCGACUGGUCUGCGGCGUCGAGUGAUUCAGAAGAGUCGGACGACGACUAUAACGCCGAGCAAUAUUUCGACAACGGCGAAGAUGAUGAUAUUGACGACGCUGAUCCGUAUGAGAACACAUACGAAUGA